UCCGCUGUCUCCGCCUCCGGAAGCUCGAGCCUGGCUGCUGGGAGCCGCGAGCGGAGAUUGCGUGCGCGCGCUAGCGUGUGCGCGCGAGCCUGCAACGCCUCGGGCGGCGCGCCAGGCGGCCGCAGCGGCCCCGACACCCAGAUGUAUUUUUGCCAUCAUGGAUCGGUUUGGAGAUGUAUCAGAAGGUGAAGUGGACCAUUCUUUCUUUGACAGUGACUUUGAAGAAGAAAAGAAAUGUGAAAGUAACUCAGUUUUUGACAAGCAAAAUGAUGACCCUAAAAAGAGAAUAGACGAAGAUACAGAAAAUGUAAACUUGAAAUUUGGAAUACAAAGAAAGGAAAAUGAAAUAAAAAAGAAAAUUCUUCCAGAAGAACACCCCGUAGAAAAUGAUAAUAUGCGAACCAGAAAUUCUUUAUCAUUGUCCACUUCAAGAUCAAAAAAAUUGUGGGAUGCUACAACAGGGCAUAAAAUACACUUACCCACUCCAAGUAGAAUUCCCAAAAUUGUGAAAGAAGGUGACGAUGAUUAUUAUACAGAUGGAGAGGAGAGCAGUGAUGAUGGGAAAAUGCAGCAUGUCAGGUCCAAGUCAGCUAAACCACCUAAUAACCUUAAAAAAAACAUAAGUAAAAAGUAUUCCAAAAGUAAUUCUUCUUCCUCCUCUUCCUCUUUGUCUUCCUCAUCUUCAAGUUCAGGUACAGAUUGUUCAGAUGCAGGGUCUGAUAACUGUAUUUCUGAUUCAUCUCCAUCAUUAAAGAAACGUCUGUCUGGUGUAACCCACUUGUCACCAAAACAGAAAUAUAAAUCAGGAGUAAAAUCAACAGGAACACGGCCUUCAAGUACUAAACCAAAAGUCAAUGACUACACUGAGGAAUCUGAAGAUACUGUGACAGAUGUCACUCCUCUCUCAACUCCAGACAUCAGCCCUAUUCAGUCUUUUGAACUGGGAGCAUCAAAUGAUCAAAAAGUAAAAGUUAAAAGGCAAGAAAACGUGAGUCAAGAAGUAUAUGGAAAUGUUGAGGAUUUAAAAAAUAAUUCAAAAUGUUUGAAAUCAACCAAAAAGGGGAAAGAAAAAACUGGGCCUGAUCUCACUCCAGAAUCUUCAUUGUUAGAUUCCAACGUAGACCACAGAUAUAAACAAAAAGUCUUACAUGACACAAUGGACCUCAAUCAUCUUUUGAAAGCUUUUCUGCAAUUAGAUAAAAAAGGACCGCAAAGACACCACUUUGAUCAGCCUUCAGUAGCACCAAGGAAAAACUACUCUUUCACAAGAGAGGAGGUGAGACAGAUUGAUAGGGAAAAUCAGAGGCUUUUGAAAGAACUCUCAAGACAGGCUGAAAAAUCAGGAAGCAGAAGUACGAUUCCUAGAAGAUCCAUUGUUCAUCCCCCUAAGUUAUAUCACAGUGCCCUCAACAGGCAGAGGGAACAACAAAGGAUUGAAAGAGAAAAUUUGGCUUUAUUGAAAAGACUUGAAUCUGUGAAACCAACAGUUGGUAUGAAACGCUCUGAACAACUGAUGGACUAUCAUCGCAAUAUGGGUUAUCUCAGCUCAUCACCAUCCACCAGACGAGUGAGAUCAACUCUUGGCCAGUAUAGCCCGUUAAGAGGAGCUUCUAGAACAUCCAGUGCUACCAGUGGUCUCAGUUGUAAGAGUGAGCGACCAGUUUUUGACACAUCCAGUGGCCUGUUGCUAAGACCUAAGCCCCCUAAUGUUCGUACAGCUUGGUUAUAAAAACUCUUUUUACUUUAAACGUUGUUCAUCCAGUUCUUAUUGAAGUGCUCUUGUAUAUUAGUAUAAUUCUCUGUGUAAACGUCUGUGAUUUAAAAUUUACAACAAUGAGUUGUAAUUUUAUUGUAAUUCAAUGCAAAAUUGUUUAAAAAAAACCAGUUUAAUGUAAAAUCAGUGUUUCCUGUGAGGAUGUAUUUCUAUGAGAGGUAUAUGUCUUUGAUAGAAAAAUGGUAAUAUGUAUGUAUAUUUUCUCAACAUAGAAAAUGAUUCAGCUCUUACACUGACAGAACAGUUGUGAUAAUAUCACACUGUACGUCGGACCCAAGAUGUUAACUACAUUGUUCUUGUUUGUUUGUUUUUUUUUUAAUUUUUUCAUAAGUUUUAAACCAUGAUCGUAGCUCCUAAAUAUAACUUUGUUUUCUCUUUGCUCCAGAAUUCAGGUGGUAUAACUCUUAAUUUGAUUGUAAGACUUGAUUGUAUACUUACUGUGAACCGAAACUUGAAAUUUGUUUCCAUUGGUGGAGCUGAUUUAGAUUUGGUGAGCAGACUGAGAGAAGCGUGUACUAGGGCAGCCCUUGUGAUUCACCAAAGGCAUCUACUACCUCCAUAUGAGUGAGUGUGCGGAGUUAGAUCUUAAAAAUGUGCUCAACCAUUCCAAACCGUUUCAAACUGUGAGUAUUAGAAAGUUCAUCUUGGAAGCAAGCUCCUUCUCUUCCACGUUCUUACACAUUCAGGUAAAGUACCACUGACGAUUCUGAGAAAUGAGGUAGACUUUAGAGUCACAGUCCGCUACGUUGUGAAUAGGUUGUCCAAGGACCAGAUCACCACAAGCAAAAGCAACUAUUUGUCGAGCACAAUAGCACCACCAGUUUGAAAAGGCAAGAACCAGAUCCUGAGUUGUGUCAGAACAGUGUUUUAAGUGAUACUGUUAACAAGUUGUGUUACGUUUCAGUGUUUACUGUAUUCAGAGAGGAGAUAAAUAAGAAAUGUGUGGUCUUAAAGCUUUGGAAAUUCCAGCUACUAUUUUUAAGGACUGAGAAAAAAAUUAAAAUAUGAAUGGUAGAGGAGAAAUCGCACACAUUUUGUUGAGGCUACCUUAAAUGUCAGCUAAUUUUCUUGUUUGGUUGGGGCUUUUGAGUUGAAUUCUGGCAGAACCAUUUUUGCCAGUCCCACUUUGCAAAUCCUGGUAAUCUUAAUGGAAUUAGUAAGGGCAAAUAGGGUGUCAUAUAGUUGACAAAUCAGAAUAUUUCUCUGUCGAUCUGUGGGCUCUCAUUUCAUAUAGCCGAGUACAUCUCGGUCAUGGCCGCUUCUUCUGUCUCGGUCAUCACUGAUGCAUCAUCACUUUUUCUUUACUGGCCUGUUCAGUAUGCCUUUAGGAUGUACUGGGAAGUUUCCAUAAUAAAUGCCAAAUCUUUCUUUUUUU